GAAAUUUCAAAACUCUUCAACUCUGUUCUUCGUCGCAACACAGCGAGAGAAGGAAGAUAGAAGAUAGAUUUGUCUAUAGUCACAGAUACACAUAGUUUUUUAAAGAUAGAUAUUGUUAAAAUCUGUUAGUGAUGGAUUGCUCUGAUAGUGCAAGUAAAAAGGCAAAAUCCGCUACAGGGAGUAGUGUUAUCCGGAGGAGACCUCGUGUACUACUUGCAGCGUGUGGAAGUGUUGCUGCUGUAAAAUUUGGACAUGUUUGCCGUUGUUUUGCAGAAUGGGCAGAAGUAAGGGCAGUUGUCACAAAAUCAUCCUUGCGUUUUAUAUCUGCACAAACAUUUCCUACGGAUAUUCAUGUAUUUUGGGAUGAUAAUGAAUGGAACACUUGGAAAAGGAUAGGUGAUCGUGUGGUUCAUAUUGAGCUUAAUAGAUGGGCUGAAAUCAUGGUCAUUGCUCCAUUGUCAGCUAAUACUCUUGGUAAGAUAGCGGGAGGGUUAUGUGACAAUCUUCUGACAUGUAUUGUGAGAGCAUGGGAUUACAGAAAGCCACUUUUUGUGGCACCAUCCAUGAACUCUGUUAUGUGGAAAAACCCUUUCACAGAACGACAUUGCAUUGCCAUUGAUGAGCUCGGCAUCUCUCUCAUCCCACCUGUCACACAUAGGGCAGCUAAUGGGGAUAUUGAGCAUGGGGCAAUGGCUGAACCUUCUACCAUUUACUCAACCGUGAGGCUCUUUUAUGACUCAAAGAUGCAGUAAAAGGAGUUUUUAAUCAGGACUAACAAUUUUGACCAUUAUGGUGUAAGUAUGGAUUUUUGGUUGUCAAGAAUCUUCACUCUUUUUGACCUUUAAUCAAUUGAGUUGAGUACUUAACAUACUGUGAUCAUAUUUGAUUUGGUCAUAUAGUUUCAUUGAGCAGUGCCUCUUUACUCUGUAGUAACUUAAUAAGUAAUAAGACCCUGCAUGAGAU